CCCCACAGGGCACAGACUCCCGCCUGGCCUCAAAGCAAGAGCCCCAGAGCCAGCCAGCAGAGCAGGCUGAGGACCUGCAAGCCACAGUGGCUGCCCUUUGCGUGCUGCGUGCUGGGGGACCCUGGGCAGGAAGCUGGCUGAGCCCCAAGACCCCGGGGGCCAUGGGCGGAGACCCACUGUCGGGCCUGGGGGCCCUGCGGCGGCGAAAGCGCCUGCUGGAGCAGGAGAAGUGGCUGGCCGGCUGGGCGCUGGCACUGGCGGGAAUCGGCGUCGGACUCAUGGUACUACAUGCGGAGAUGCUAUGGUUCGGGGGUUGCCGGUGGGCGCUCUACCUGUUCCUGGUUAAAUGCAUGAUCAGCAUAUCCACCUUCUUCCUCCUUUGCCUUAUCGUGGCCUUUCACGCCAAAGAGAUCCAGUUGUUCAUGACGGACAACGGGCUCCGGGACUGGCGCGUGGCGCUGACUGGGCGGCAGGCGGCGCAGAUCGUGCUGGAGCUGGCGGUGUGCGGGCUGCACCCGGUGCCGGUGCGCAGCACGCAGUGCGCGCUGGGUUCGGGGUCCCUGAGGACGGCGACGCAGUCCUGGCCGGGCUUCCUGGACCGGGGGGAGGCGCUGCUGUCGCUGGCCAUGCUGCUGCGCCUCUACCUGGUGCCCCGCGCGGUGCUGCUGCGCAGCGGCGUCCUGCUCAACGCGUCCUACCGCAGCAUUGGCGCGCUCAACCAGGUCCGCUUCCGCCACUGGUUCGUGGCCAAGCUGUACAUGAACACGCACCCCGGCCGCCUGCUGCUCUGCCUCACGCUUGGCCUCUGGCUCACCACCGCCUGGGUGCUGUCGGUGGCCGAGAGGCAAGCUGUUAAUGCCACUGGGCACCUUUCAGACACACUGUGGCUGAUUCCCAUCACAUUCCUGACCAUCGGGUAUGGGGAUGUGGUGCCAGGCACCAUGUGGGGCAAGAUCGUCUGCCUCUGCACUGGGGUCAUGGGCGUCUGCUGCACAGCCCUCCUGGUGGCCGUAGUGGCCCGGAAGCUGGAGUUUAAUAAGGCAGAGAAGCAUGUGCACAACUUCAUGAUGGACAUCCAGUACGCCAAAGAGAUGAAGGAGUCAGCGGCCUGUGUGCUUCAAGAGGCCUGGCUGUUCUACAAAUACGUACGCAGGAAAGACUCUGGAGCUGCCCGCAGGCACCAGCGCAAGCUGCUGACCGCCAUCAGCACGUUCCGCCAGGUGCGGCUAAAACACAGGAAGCUCCGGGAACAAGUGAACUCCAUGGUGGACAUCUCCAAGAUGCACAUAAUCCUGUGUGACCUGCAGCUGGGUCUGAGCAGCUCACACCAGGCCCUGGAGAAGCGGAUUGAUGCACUGGCAGGGAAGCUGGACACCCUGACAGAGCUGCUUAGCACUGCCCUGGGGCCGAGACAGCUUCCAGAGCCAAGCCAGGAGGCCACAUAGCUGGAUCCAUGGAGGAGGAAACAAGCUACUUUCCCCAGGACUGAGGUCAAGGACAUUUCCCUGCAACUCCUGACCCAGUCUCAUGAAUAAAGCACACCGUGUGCGAGGCGCGAAGGGGCCCCACCUUGGAACGGGCUGACUUGCUGGUGGCUGCUGGAGGGGACACUAGCUGAAGGUGGAAGGCCAUAGCCCUCCCAGACCCCAAAUGGGAAAAUGGUCACCGUUACCCCACAUACCCUCCACAGAAACACCCUCACUAUGCUGCUACAGGUGACCUCCAGCUUUUAGAUAGAAGUGGAGGUGCCUCUGGGACUCCUGGGUCCUAGAGGAGGGGACUGGGGGCCCAGAGUCCAGGACCUGGGGGGCUUCGGAUACCGCUGGACGGCAGAGCUGACAGAACCAGGCCUGAGGCUGGGACCAGGUGGGAGGCAGCGCCCCCUGGCGGGAG